AUGCGUCGCGGGCCCGACAACUGCCUCGGCUGGCACUGCCUCACGCGGCCCCAGCAAAUCGGCAUCAUCUUCAGCAUUGUCGUCUUCUCGGUCGUGACACUCGUCGCCUACAUGUACUGCCUUGGUCGUGCCCGAAUCGCGCAACGCAACCGCACGACCAUUCAGCUCCCAGGCGGUAGGCGAACCGCGCGCAACCACGAUGGCAACACGACUAUGGCGCACUUGCCAGUGGCACAGAACAUCCCCGGCUACCCGCCUCAAGUCGUCUACUAUCCCGCAGUGUUCCACUUGAACCGCCACGGUGAUCAGAUGGCGCCGCGUUGUGUCGUGUCACUAGCCGCCACGCCGCGACCAUACGCCCCGAUACCGCCUAUGGUCAUGUAUUCUACUGCUCCGGCUCGACCAGCGACCCAUCAGCCCUUCCGGGUGGCCCCAUCAUCAACACGAGUGGAGGGAGCGAAUGUUUCGGGGCCACGAGCUUACCCCUUGGACUCGCCGCCGGAGAGCCUUCGCCGACCACGACACCCAACCUGGUUUCAGAGACUGAGCCGAGUGCUUCGCAUGCCUGUAGGCACAGCCUCGACCGUUGCCAGCUCGACGACUCCCGGGACACCCGUGCAGUCACCACCAUCCGCCAGGGAAGCCAGUCGGCGGGACUCCCGCUCGGCUACGCACGAAGUGAACAAUAUUGAACGACGCGACGAGCCCUCACCUUCACCAGCAGAGCCUCCGUCAAGCUCGAAUACGCCGCAGGAUACAGACGGCAACUCCCUGAGGACCAAUGUCGCCACGGUCCACAGCGACGACUAUGAGAUGCUUGACCCGCCUUCGCCUCUCGCCGGCUACCCCGGUACAUCACGAGCGCCCCGCAAGUGA